UCUUCGACGGCUCUUUUCAUCUUUCUUCAUUCAUUUGCCGACUGCCCCACCCCGUUUUCAAAAGUGAUGGACUCAGCCACUUGGGAAAUAACGUUUAGCGUCGGAUGCAUUUACUAGAUUAGUAAGGAGGAGAAAAUUGGUGCCCUGGGUGACUUCAUUCUGGGCGGGUGACCUGCCGGAAGCCGAUUUCAGAUGGGUUUCAUCAGCACUGUGCUGGGCUUCUGUGGAUUUGGAGUCGGGAUUUCUCUUGGUCUUGUUGGUGGCUAUUUUCUCUUCAUCUAUUUUCAACCCACCGAUGUCAAGGAUCCUAAGAUCCGUCCUCUGGUGGAGCAAGACUCAGAAACUUUGCAACGUAUGUUUCCGGAGAUUCCGCUUUGGAUUAAAAACCCAGACUUUGAUCGGCUUGACUGGUUGAACAAGUUCCUUGAAUAUAUGUGGCCCUACCUUGACAAGGCAAUUUGCAAGACUGCAAAGAACAUUGCAAAACCCAUAAUUGCCGAGCAGAUUCCCAAAUAUAAAAUAGAGUCUGUUGAGUUUGAAACUCUUACACUAGGGUCCUUGCCGCCAACUUUUCAAGGAAUGAAAGUUUAUGUGACUGAUGAAAAGGAGUUAAUUAUGGAGCCUUCUGUAAAAUGGGCUGGAAAUCCCAAUAUCACUGUUGGUGUCAAGGCAUUUGGGUUAAAAGCGACCGCCCAGGUGGUUGAUUUGCAAGUUUUUGCUUUGCCUCGUAUCACUUUGAAGCCUUUGGUUCCAAGCUUUCCUUGCUUUGCCAGCAUAUAUGUGUCUCUCAUGGAAAAGCCGCAUGUUGACUUCGGGUUAAAGCUUGUAGGUGCUGAUCUCAUGUCUAUUCCUGGUGUCUAUCGAUUGGUUCAGGAGCUUAUUAAAGACCAGGUUGCAAACAUGUAUCUGUGGCCCAAAGCUCUGGAAGUUCCAAUUAUAGAUCCAUCAAAAGCCUUGAAGAAGCCUGUUGGAAUUCUCAAUGCAAGGGUGCUGAGAGCUAUUAAGCUAAAGAAGAAAGACCUUCUUGGUGCAUCCGACCCAUAUGUGAAACUAAAGCUUACUGAGGAUAAACUGCCUUCAAAAAAGACCACUGUGAAGCAUAAGAACUUGAAUCCUGAGUGGAAUGAGGAUUUUAAUUUGGUGGUUAAAGAUCCUGAGUCCCAGGCUUUAGAGGUUUAUGUCUAUGACUGGGAGCAGGUUGGGAAGCAUGACAAGAUGGGCAUGAAUGUAAUUCCAUUAAAAGAACUUACUCCUGACGAGCCUAAAGAAUUUACCCUUAACCUUCUAAAAAACAUGGAUGCCAAUGAUGUCCAAAACGAGAAAUCACGCGGGCAGAUUGUUGUGGAAUUGACAUAUAAACCUUUUAAGGAAGAGGAGAUGUCUAAGGGUUUUGACGAGACACAAACUGUUGAAAAGGCUCCUGAAGGUACGCCUGCUAGUGGAGGCCUGCUCGUAGUUGUGGUCCACGAAGCCCAAGAUGUUGAAGGAAAGCACCACACUAAUCCACAUGUACGGAUUCUUUUUAGAGGGGAGGAGAAAAAGACGAAGCAUGUGAAAAAGAACAGAGAUCCUAGAUGGGAAGAAGAGUUCACAUUUACGUUGGAGGAGCCUCCCUCUAAUGACAGAUUACAUGUAGAGGUUGUCAGCACCUCAGCACGCCACAUACUGCAUCCAAAGGAAUAUCUGGGUUAUGUCGACAUAAGUCUUGCGGAUGUUGUGUCGAACAAGAGGAUCAAUGAAAAGUACCAUCUUAUAGAUUCAAAAAAUGGUCGCAUCCAGAUAGAGUUGCAGUGGAGAACUGCGUGAGGCGGCUGAUAACAUUCUCUAUAGCUCUACACUUCUCCCUUCCCCACCUUUUUUUAUUAUUGUUGUUAUUAUUAUUUUUCAAACUAUUUCUCGUGUUUAUUGGGGAGAUGAAAGGAACUGAGGAGCGUUAUUGAAUUCUUUUCGUCCGGUAGAUUGGUUUGUUUGCUUAUCAUGUACAUGCCUAUAUAAAUAAAAAUGCUGGUUUGAAAGCAAGAGGCACUUGUGUGACUUGGAUUGCUUAUAAAUUUUGAGUUGUGGACCU